CUGCCUGCGCCAUUAACCGCGCUUUGCUUCCCCCUCUGCUAAUUGCACAAGUGCCUUCCCGGCAUCACACACAAAGCACUUUAAUUUUGCUUUUUCUAGUCUCACCACCCCCGAUUAUUCCCCUCCCGUCUCCCAGUUCGUCCACCACCUCGAGGCUGCUCCGCCGCCGGUAAAGCAAGCCAUGGCGAUGGUCACGACCGAUGCCGCCGGCGCCGCCGCCACGGCCAUCGAGAAGCCGGCGGACACCGAGAAGCCGGACUACGUCCCCUACAACGGCAACUCCACCGCGGAUGGCGGCGGGGGCGUGGUGGAUUCGGUGGUGGCGCGGUGGCGGCGGGAGGACAUGCUCGACAAGAGCCCCCUCGCGCUGCACGCCGCCGCGGCCGCCUUCGCCUUCGUCGCGCUCGUGCUCGUCGCGUCCAACCAGCACGGCGACUGGAUGCAGUUCGACCGCUACCAGGAGUACAAGUACCUGCUCGCAAUCGCGGCGCUGGCGUUCCUCUACUCGCUGGCGCAGGCGGCGCGGCACGCGCUCCGGAUGCGUGGCGGCGUCGACCCCGUCUCCGCACCGUCAGGGAGGCUGCUCGAUUUCGUCGGUGAUCAGGCAGUUGCGUACUUGCUGAUGUCCGCGCUUUCAGCUGCCGUCCCCAUCACGAACCGCAUGAGAUCUGCAGUGGUCAACAACUUCACAGAUGCAACCGCAGCAGCGAUCAGCAUGGCCUUCUUUGCAUUCGUAGCUCUUGCCUUGUCAGCCGUGGUUUCUGGAUACAAGCUCUCCAAACAAACGUACAUGUGAAUCAUCGUUGUAGAAGAGUAAAACACAUUACGAGGUCUUUUCAUUAUGGAUUGCUCAUCAGAAGAGAAACAUGCUUCUAUAGUUCUCUUCAACUUGAAGGUCAUGUAUUGUGUGUGCUGAGGUGAUUGUUGUUGCAUGCAGUAGCUUCCAUGCGUGUACAUAGAAUUAUACGCAGCAUGCCUGAAUGCGAUUGUUUUCCGUUCCAAGAUACUGCUGUACUGACAAGAACUUUUAGCUUUUCUGAACAUAUGCAGAAGUGGAGCUGUAUGCUUAUUUCAGGGCUCAUAAUUUUCCUUGACACCCCUGCAGAACGAAAUGUUUAUUACCCUUAUUGUA